GCCGUGGGAGAGUUGGCGGAGCACGUGCUCCGUGGAGAUGAGCCGGAGCUCUUCCCGCGGCUCAUCGCAUCCUUGCUUGUCAGCCUGGAGCCGCAGCUGUCCCCGCUGCCGUCAUACGAGUGGCCGGACAAGUUCGAGAAGCGCACCAAGGAGGUGAAGACCGAUUGGGAUGUUCGCCUGCUAAUCAUCCCGGAGCUAAAGGAGAAGCUGGCGCCCUUGGCAGAGGUGCCAGGGGUGGCCCUGCCCCCGAUUUUGGAGGUGAAGAAGGUGAAGAAGGCCAGGGCGCCAAGGCGCCCUUUGUGGCUCCACAUUCUGGUGAGCAUGCUCUGCAUGUUCUGGCUCCUGGGAGUCCUGGGGACCCAAAGAGGCCCCGUGGACAUGGAUCCUGGCAGCGCCUCCAUGGCACAGCUCUCUGUGCCCUAA